AAACGAGCAUUACAUCCAUGGAACGUUCCGACACCUUUGAAAAAUAACGCCAGACUUCUUCUUCAAAACAGUUUCACUCGCAAGAAGGAACCAUUCGUGCCACUUCAUGAUAAACGAGUGAAGUGGUACAUCUGUGGCCCAACUGUAUACGAUUCAUCGCAUAUGGGACAUGCUCGCGCGUACCUUUCGUUUGAUAUUGUUCGUCGUGUGUUGCAGGAUUACUUUGGUUAUGACGUUGAGUACAUUAUGAACAUCACAGAUAUCGAUGAUAAGAUUAUCAAACGUGCACGACAAACGCAUCUGUUUGAAAGAUACUUGUCGAAAGAAGUCACGAAAAUGAGUACUAGUGAAGUGAUAAAAAAUGUUAUCAAUGCACUCGAAAUGUUCAAGCAAAAGGUUGAUGCAGAGACUGAUCAGGACAAGAAAAAAAUGUACGAUAUCAUGAUUUUGAAAGUGAAUGUGGCCGUGAAAAAGUUGGAAAAGGCCUUGGAGGAAAACGAUAAGUCGUCAGUUGUGACGGGGAAGAACGAACUUCUGAUGGAUGCGAAGGAUAUAUUAUCGGAUUGGUUAGACACAAUGCAUGGACAAGAAAUUAAUGACCAUGCAGUUUUUGAUAAACUUGCGAAGAAAUUCGAGAAUGAAUUCCACGUGGAUAUGGCCAAAUUGAACGUCUUGCCACCGGACGUUCUAACGCGAGUAUCUGAGUAUGUGCCAGAAAUUAUCGAAUACGUGCAGAAGAUAAUUGAUAAUGGGUAUGGAUAUGUGACGAAAGACGGAUCGGUUUACUUCGAUACGAUGGCGUUUGAAAGCAACCCGAAACAUUCUUACGCGAAACUGGUACCUGAGGCGUUUGGUGACAGUGAACAACUGCUGAAGAAUAUGAAAGAAAGUGAAGGAGAACUAAGUAUGGGCAAUCUCGAUGAUAAACGAAAUCCAACCGAUUUUGCACUGUGGAAAUCGUCGAAGAGUGGUGAGCCAUUCUGGGAUAGUCCAUGGGGAAAAGGUCGACCUGGAUGGCAUAUUGAAUGCUCGGCGAUGUCGUCAAAAAUUUGUGGCUCGCGUCUUGACAUCCACUCGGGCGGUUUUGACCUGAAAUUCCCGCAUCAUGACAACGAAAUUGCGCAGGUUGAAGCACAUUAUGAUUGCGAUAAUUGGGUGAAUUACUUUCUGCAUUGCGGCACUUUGCGAAUCGCUGGAAUGAAGAUGUCGAAGAGUCUGAAGAACUUCAUCACCAUAAAUGAUGCGCUGAAGCAGUACACAGCAAGACAGCUAAGAUUUCUGUUCUUGAUGCAUAACUGGACGGAUGUGCUCGAUUACAGUGCGAGCACAAUGGAACGUGCGUUACAAUUCGAGAAAGUAACGAAUGAAUUCUUUUUACUUGUAAAGGAUUAUUUACGACGGUACUACAGACCGGAUAACAAUGAGGGUUAUCAAAAAUACGGUGAGCGUGAGUUACUGCUUAUGGAAGAAUUCUUGAAAGUCAAGUCGGAUGUGAAUGCAGCGCUGUGUGAUUCGAUCGAUACACGCACAGUAAUUGAGAAGAUUCGCGAGCUGAUUGCCCUUGGAAACGCAUAUAUUGUUGAAAUGGAACGCCAGAAUACAAUUCCAAAUUGUCUGCUCUUAAGAAAUAUUGCUGCAUAUAUGACAUGGUUACUGAAAAUUUUCGGAACGAUACCUCAAAAUAUCGAGAUCGGUUUCCCGAUUGAGUCAAGCGGGUCGGUUUCGUGCCUCGGUGCUCCUAGUACUUCGGCUGAAUCAGUGCUAAUGCCCUAUCUAUUGGCGCUGGCCGAUUUCCGUGAGAAAGUUCGCAAUAUCGCCCGUGAGCAUAAAGUUGUUGGCAUUUUACAGGAGUGCGAUCGUUUGCGAGACGAGGUGUUACCGGAGUUGGGCGUUCGACUGGAAGAUAGGAGUUCACAGACUUGUGUGAAGCUGGUUAAUCGAGAGACGCUCAUUCGAGAACAACAACAGAAAAGAGAUGUGGAAAUGGCGAAACAAUUGGAGAAAGAGCGCAAACAAAAGGAGAAAGAAGAAAGGGAAGCUGCAAAACGAAUUCCACCGAAUGAAAUGUUUAAAAGGGGUGAUGAAGCGACGAAGUAUUCGAAGUACGACGAAAGGGGUAUACCAACGCAUGGUGCUGAUGGCGAAGAGAUUUCGAAGAAACAACGUAAAAAAUUAGAGAAACUCUAUGAAACGCAAAAGAAGAAUUAUGAACAGGUUUGUGGCUUUUUUUAA